AUGAUCUCUAAAUUUGGAAAUCGCAGAAAGCCCCGCAAGGUCGGUGGAGAUGACGAGGAAGAUGAUGCUGGAGGCGCUGCGUCAGAGCCAGUCGUUAAGCGCCCAGCUGCCUCUAGGCCGAAGCAAAAAUCCAAGUUGCAGUUGUCAUUUAGCGCCGAGACGUCAAUGGACGAUGGAGACGGAGAUAGCGAAGUAGUCCUACCGAAACGUCACGGUCUGGGGCGCAAGGCAAUGGAAAGGAACGCCGGUGUCCUGCCUUCAGUGUCUUCGGAAACCCUUGCUGCGCGAUUCGGCCAGGACCCAGACCGGCCUACCUAUAGCCCUGACUAUUUGAAGGAACUUCGCGAGUCCACGCCCUCAACACCGAAGACAACAACCGACAACGAAACCAGCAAGAGUGUUGAUGUUGCAGCGAAGUUCGGGGAGAUUAUGACUGUUCCGGCUCAAGCACACAUCCCUAGCGAAGCCGAGAUUCGGGAGAAAAAAGCCCGACGUACACGUCUGGCUAUGGAACACGGUGCGGGAGCGGACGAGUUCAUUUCAUUAGACGUUAACAAUGCAGCCAACAUCGAUGACUGGGAUGCGGUUGUACGAGGGGAGAAAGAAGUCGAGGAAGACACAAGACUUGUUCGGGACGAUGAGGACUUUGCUGAAGGGUUCGAGGAAUUCUUCACGGAGGAUGGCAAGAUGGCGCUCGGCCGAAAGGCAGAGCGCGAGAAGAAGCUGAAGGACCGUGAAGCCAUGCGUGAUCUCAUUGAGGAUGCCGAAGGUAUUUCCGAUGAAGACUCUGACGUGGAGGAAAAGGCCGCCUAUGAAGCUGCUCAGCUUCAUGCGGCGAUGGGCUACGGCAAGUCAGGUGGUAUUGAUCGUCCGAAGACCCCUCCCAGGGUGACAUCUCUUCCGCGACUAGCUAGCAGUUUUGGACGAUUACGCACGUCUCUCGCAUCCAUGGAAGUCUCCAAAACACGGAUGAUCAGCCGGAUGGAGGAAUUGAGGAAGGAGAAGGCAGAUAUCGCGAUUCGUGAGGUGGAGAUCCAGGCGAUGAUCAAAGAAGCUGGUGACAACUAUGAGCGACUCAAGAAGGAAGCUGUUGUUGCUUCGAACGCAAAACUCGAUGCCUCCAGUGGAGCUCUGGAAAAGUCCCGAGGAUUGGAAAGUAUCGGUACUCCUGUGCCUGCGCCAGUCAGAGGUUCCUCAAUGUCGGAUUCUUCGAGUUCCAGCUUCGAGCAUUCUUCAUAG